AUGCACCACGUUUGCACCGUCUCCGCCUCUGAGAUUUCUGGCGGCAGCCGGAGAGUAGAGACGCGAUCACGCUCUCAUGACGUGAAGCACAAAUGCCGUAGGCAAGCUUCUGACAUGGCGGCAGAGCAGGGGCAGAUUCUCGUGAUAGCCACCGCGGCUGUGGGGGGAUUCACGCUCCUCGUCAUUCUGACUUUGUUCUUCCUGAUCACCGGGAGAUGCCAAUGGUACAUAAAGGCCAAAAUGAAGUCAGAGGAGAAGAGAAGAAACCACUUACAGGAUGGGCAUCUACGCUUCCCAGGAAUUAAAACUUACAUAGAUCCAGAUACGUAUGAAGACCCGUCCCUUGCAGUCCAUGAAUUUGCAAAGGAGAUUGAUCCCUCAAGAAUUCGCAUUGAGAGAGUCAUCGGGGCAGGAGAAUUUGGAGAAGUCUGCAGUGGGCGUUUGAAGACACCAGGGAAAAGGGAGAUCCCGGUUGCCAUCAAAACUUUGAAAGGUGGCCACAUGGACCGGCAAAGACGAGAUUUUCUGAGAGAAGCUAGUAUCAUGGGUCAGUUUGACCAUCCAAAUAUCAUUCGCCUAGAAGGUGUUGUCACAAAAAGAUCCUUCCCGGCCGUUGGGGUGGAGGUGUUUUGCCCCAGCUUCCUGAGGGCAGGGUUUUUAAAUAGCAUCCAGGCCCCUCAUCCAGUGCCAGGGGGAGGAUCUUUGCCCCCCAGGAUUCCUGCUGGCAGACCAGUAAUGAUCGUGGUGGAGUAUAUGGAGAACGGAUCCCUAGACUCCUUUUUGCGGAAACACGACGGCCACUUCACAGUCAUCCAGUUGGUCGGUAUGCUCCGAGGCAUUGCAUCAGGAAUGAAGUAUCUUUCUGAUAUGGGUUACGUUCAUCGGGAUCUGGCAGCUAGGAAUAUAUUGGUCAACAGCAACUUAGUGUGCAAAGUGUCUGAUUUUGGUCUCUCCCGUGUGCUGGAAGAUGACCCAGAAGCUGCUUAUACAGCAACUAGGCCAACGGUGCAGCCAGUUAAUAAGUCAGUGAUGCUGAAGAGCCAGUGGUUAUGA